AUGUUGCAAUCAACAGAUGCUGUUAUCAAUGAUCUCUUCGAAUGUUAUGCUGAGCAGGGCUUCCUCCCAGAUGGCCUUCCGCUGGCCAGAAUCUCAAACCCCUAUUACGAGAUUUGGGAGGAUAUAGCCAGCCAACUCCCGAACCUCAUCCAAACAAACCAAAUCCGCGAGAAAAUCGACAAUAUGCCCGUAUACACGACUGAGAAUCUUCAAACAGAACCAGAAUGGCGACGAGCAUGUGUUAUUAUGGGAUAUUUCGCUCAUGCCUAUAUCUGGGGAGGAGAGACCCCAAAAGACAGGCUUCCCCCCUCAAUCUCAAAGCCCUUCCUUGAAAUAUCAGCACACCUUGAGCUUCCCGCCUGCGCCACUUACGCCGGCCUCACAUUAUGGAACUUCAUACCUUCCCACCCAGAAGCAGACAUCACAGACCCGGAUAACCUCCAUGUUCAGACCUCGUUCACCGGCACGAAAGACGAGGAAUGGUUCAUGGCAGUUGCUGCCAACGAUGUAGACCUUCUCACUGCCCUCUUGUACAGGUUUGCCGAUGGUUUAUGCGACCUGACAUUGACUCUAAAAAGAAUGUACGAGCACAACAAUCCGGCUGUCUUCUUCCACCAGCUUCGGCCGUUCCUGGCUGGCAGCAAGAAUAUGGGUCAUGCUGGUCUUCCCAGGGGUGUGUACUAUGACGUCGGUGAUAGUGAUGGGGUGGAAAGAUCAGAGAAUUGGCUCCAGUUGAAUGGUGGAAGUAAUGCACAGAGCUCGCUGAUCCAAGCACUUGAUAUUUUCCUUGGUAUUAAGCACUUUGCGACGGAUGGGAAGCAGACUGGUGGUCCGAGUUUUAUUCAGCAAAUGCGAGACUAUAUGCCUGGUCCGCAUAGGCGCUUCCUUGAUGAACUAUCUGCUCGAGCUAGUGUUCGUCCGUUUAUACUGGAGUCGCCGGUUCAACAGCCUAAGGAUGCGUACAACGCAGCUGUGAACGAGCUCAAGGCUUUCCGCGAUACACACAUCCAGAUGGUCACUCGAUACAUUGUCAUGGCGUCGAGACAGCCUAAUCCAACUGAACAGGGAAAAGGUAGAAUGAAUCUAGCCACGGCUAGCUCUCAAACGAAGGAAGCAGGCACGAAGACUAAGCUUGCUGGGACUGGGGGCACGGAUUUGAUACCCUUCCUGAAAAAGACCAGAGAUACAGUCCAAGAUGCUAAGUGCUAG